AUGGCUUUGGCAUCUUCUUGGAAGCUUCUUAUUGCAUCAAUCGUGCUGUUUCAACUCUGCAAUUCUCUAGCAUCGGCACGAACAGUACCUGAUGCAUCCAUGGUAGAGAUGCAUGAGAAAUGGAUGUUGGAGAACGGCCGUGUGUACAAAGAUGAAGCGGAGAAGGCCAAAAGAUUCAAUAUAUUCAAGGAGAAUGCUGAGUAUAUUGAGUCGUUUAACGAGGAAGGUGGUCGGACUUACAAACUUGCCAUCAACAAAUUUGCUGAUCUAACGAAUGAUGAAUUCAAGAAUUCUAGAAACGGAUUCAUGAUGCCUUCUCAUUCAAAAUCGCCUAAGGUUUCUUCGUCGUUUAGGUAUGCAAAUGUGAGUGCAGCUCCCGCUGGCGUGGAUUGGAGAAAGAAAGGAGCCGUUACAGCUAUAAAGGAUCAAGGCCAAUGUGGAUGUUGUUGGGCAUUUUCAGCGGUUGCAGCUACAGAAGGAAUCAACCAGAUAAAGACAGGGAAUCUAAUCUCGCUAUCCGAACAACAACUUGUUGACUGUGACACAAGCGAGGACGAGGGCUGCAACGGUGGACUAAUGGAUGACGCGUUUCAGUAUAUCAUUAACAACAAAGGCCUCACAACCGAAAAAAACUACCCAUACCAAGGAGUGGAUGGCACGUGCAACUCGAAGAAGGAAUCAUCUGACGCAGCCAGGAUCACAGGGUACGAGGAUGUGCCUGCCAACAGUGAAUCGUCUCUGCUCAAAGCAGUGGCGAAUCAGCCAGUAUCAGUGGCUAUUGAUGCGAGUGGUUCGGACUUCCAGUUCUAUUCGAGUGGAGUCUUCACUGGCGAGUGUGGGACGGAUCUAGACCAUGGAGUGACUGCAGUUGGAUAUGGGGCGGCCAGCAAUGGGACCAAGUAUUGGAUCGUGAAGAACUCGUGGGGAACGAGCUGGGGCGAAAAUGGAUACAUCUUGAUGCAGAGGGAUAUUGGAGCUGCACAAGGUAUCUGUGGCAUUGCCAUGCAAGCUUCAUAUCCAACUGCUUGA